AUGCCAUCCAAGACUAUCCUUUCCGAAGCUAACGCUCAUGUGCCCUCUCCUGGAAAUGACUACGAACCUUCCUUACCUCGGAUGCGGAUGCCCCAUCUUGAAUUCAUCUACCGCAUCGUUGCCGAGAUGGACGAAGGCGGGGUUGAAACUAUUGAAGGUGUAGACAGUUCAGACAAGAGUCGGCUGUAUCUUCCUAUCCAGGGAGGAAGUGUGCAUGGUCCCCAGAUCAAGGGUGUGAUCGUGCACAAGAGCGGCGCAGACUGGGCGGAGGUGCUCAAUCCCAAAAAGUCAUUUACUAGGUUGAACGCCAUGUACAUGCUCAAGACAGAUGAUAACGUUCACAUCCUUGUCAAAGCACAGGGUGUAUACAGAACCGGUCCGGGGCUGCAAGAUAAGCUCGGGGAGCAAGAUACGGCGUCACAGGAUGACGUAGAAUAUUUUACACACAUCAGAUUUGAGGCACCAGGGCACAGCGAAUACGGAUGGAUGAAUGGGGUUGUUGCUAUCGGUGUCAUGACUAUGUGGCAGGGGAAGCCAGUUAUUGAUUGCUACCGGUUGACCAACUUUCCUGGUAAAGUCGCAGCAAAUUUGUAA